GCGUCUUCAGGAGAAGCAUGCUGCCUGCCGUACGUCACUAAAACCGUCAAGCUGUCACCAACCAACUCCCUUCCAUCUCCCGUCAUCUAUUCCCUUCUCUAACCACGUCCCCUCAAAAAGCAUGCAACAGAGGCAUGUUGUAGGAUUACGCGUCAAAUAGAACAGGCCACUGAGCCGACUCCAAAUAUCAACAUGGCGGAACCUACGCUGACAACGACCGCGAUUGCGCGUCCCACUAACCGAGCCGUCGCCGUACUACUCAACGAAGCUGCUCUCGACUCGCCUACCUUUCGAUCCACGGCGCUACAUUUCGGCGACCAGAUAGACACGACCGAGAAAUGGCUUGGAGGCUAUGUUUCUUCAACGCUCAAGCUUGUCCACGACUUUGCCGCCCUCGACGAUACCAUAAACUCCUACCUAACCAAGACGAGCCCCUUGGCUAGCGACACCCUCCUCGACAACGAUUAUACACGCCUUGGCCUGAAACGGGUCAAUGACGGGUCACGAGAAGUCCUUACGCAAAUGCUUACUAGCAUGAAACGUAUGGAAUCUACGGUGGUUGAUCCUAUCCGAUCCUUCCUUACUGGAGACCUGCGAAACUUCAAGGAGAUUCGACGUACCUUGGAGCAGUCACAGCGAACAUACGACUCUACAUUAUCCAGAUAUGUUAGUCAGCACAAGACAAAAGAGCCUUCUGCUCUGAGAGAAGAUGCAUUUUCCGUAUACGAGAGCCGGAAAGCGUAUAUACUGGCCUCGAUGGACUACUGCCAGCUUGUACCACAGAUUCGAUCAACACUCGAUCGUUUGCUCGUCAAGGUAUCCAGCGAACUCUGGAAGGAAAUGAAGGGCUCUAGAGAUGCCGCCACGAAUGCCACCAGAUAUACCAGAGAGAUGGACCGCAUCAAAGGAUGGGCCAGAGGUAUGGAGUAUGCCGAAUCCGUCUUCACCAAGGAACUUCAAGCAGCGCGCCGUACCCUCAGCGAUAGCACUCUGGAACGAUUUAAGCCAUCUAGAGAGCUGGAUGAUUAUAGCACUUCGACGGUACCCUUUCUGAGUUCCCGUGGACCUGUCAACAUGAAGCCAGCCCAUCAAGGCAUCGUAAUAUCAGAAAAGCAGGGCUACCUUUUCCUUCGCGUUGCCACCAGCAAGCCCGUGAAAUACAGCUGGGUUCGACGCUGGCAUUAUUGUAGCGAUGGUGUUUUUGGAUGGCUUAUUCCUGGAGCUCAGGGUGUUUUGCAAGGUGACGAAAUUGGUGUUUUGCUUUGCAAUGCCCGACCUGCCGUUGGCGAGGAGAGGCGUUUUUGCUUUGAGGUUAAAACAAAGGAUCAGACUAUGGUUCUACAAGCUGAAAGCCAGACAGAACUGACAGAGUGGUUGGAAGUAUUUGAGGUAACAAAAAAGCGAGCGUUUGAGGCCAGCGCAAGUCGUGAUGCUGCAUCCUUGUCUGGCAACGACCCGGCAUUUUCCAUCACCCCUGCAAGUGCACCGGAAUUCUCGGCCAACUAUAUCGACACUCAGCUACAUUCUGUGGACGAGCCACCUGCUGGUUUAGAACGCUCUGGCACCCUUGGCAUCCCUGGCGAGGGUACCCUCGGCGUCCGUCCCACGUAUGAUGCAGCAGGUACCGUCAAUAGGAGGUCGUUUUCUGCACUCAGCAAGGAUAUCAGCCGAGAUGAGAGCGAAACGAGCCGAGAUCAUGCGGCGAGAAUCAUGCAAAAGCUUGAUCUGCAUCGCAAGUCGCCAGAUGCGGGAGCUGGUGGAAUCGCCAGCCUCAUCAACGCCAGCGCCGCCGUCCUCCCUGCUUACCCUCACCCAUUCCUAUCCCCUCAUACUGCUAAGAAGCUUCCAUCUGCGCUGCCAAACAUCGAUAGCAGCCGGCUAGGUUUGCUGGCGCCUCCCACUCUUGCAAAGCCUCCGGCUUCAACCAAUUUGAGCAAGACUGCCGUGCUCCUCGCCUCCGAGAGAGGGCCAAUCUCUGAUUCAAGAAAGAAGCUUCCUACUUCCAUCGUCGCAAAUUACUGGGGUAGUAAUGUUUGGGCUAGCAUCAACACCCCGGUUCAACCGGUGCUACCAAGGCUUGACGAUGACGACCCUAUUGGAGUGGUCCUUCCUGAAGGCAUGCACGCAUCUCUGAGCAUCUCCAGUGAUGAUCGAAAACCCAGUGAAGUGUUUCCCAACAACUACCCACCAGAAUUGAAGGCGCAACAUGCACAGUUCCGAUUACUGUUCCCGGAUGCGCCGCCAGAUGAUAAACUCGUGCUGGUCUUCCGCGCUUCCUGGUCUAGCGCCACGCCUCAAAACCCCGAUGACUACACUCUUGCUGGAAACGGUAGAGUGUACGUCACACAAGAAAAUAUGUACUUUUAUGGCCAACAGAUGGGCCUCGUUACAGCAUACAGCAUCAGCUUGGACAUUAUUACCGAGGUGGCGGCGGCAGCUGGCCGAGACUGCGAUUCGAUUAACCUCCAUCUCGGAGAGGAUACUAAUGAAACUGGUUACACACAGAUUCGAUUGAAGCUCUACUUGGACGAUCUCUAUCUGUUGCAAGGACGACUUAACUUAAUUAUUGACAAUCUCCAAGCUGAAGAGCCAACAGACACAUACACUUUAAUCGCGGCACUGAUCAACCUCGAGAAGGCCGAGUUUGAUAAGCCAAGUCCCAGUGUGGACAGCUGGGAGGAUGUCUCGCCGUCAACUCCAGCCGAUGGUACCUACUCUUCUCGACGCGACCUCAGUCGUAGCUACGAUUCGACGCCUCACCUGCGUAGGACGCAGUCUCGUCAAAAGUUGAUACCCAAAAUCCAGCUGCCAUCCCACCCAGUGAUCUUUGAGCCCGAGGAUAUGAAGGAAAUGGCGGCUGAGCGUCACUUUGAAAUUAGUGCAAAGGCAUGCUUCCACGUUUUGUUUGGCGACAAGAGCUUCGUCUUUCCCAAGCUAUAUUUUGAGCACCGAGCGAAGCAAAUCACUCAGGGUCCGUGGAUUCUUGUUGAUCAGGGUAAAAUGCGCCGAGACUUCCAAUUCAAAGUCGAGUAUGCCGAUAUGCUCGGCCGAUCAAAGACAGCCAAUGUCAACGAUUACCAGACAAUUGACACAUUCAACGACCAUGUGUCAUAUGUUGUCACUCAUAUGAAAACCGCAUGGCAUCUGCCUCACUCGCGCUCAUUCAAGUUGAUGACCAAGGUGGUCAUUACGCACGUUGCAAAGUCCAAGUGCAAGCUUGCUAUCUACGUCAAGAUUGACUGGUCAAAGGCACCAGCCCUGUCCAAGAACAUGGUUGAGCGUCAGGCUCUGCGCGACAUUGUCAGCGAUGCCGAAGAACUAGCAGAGCUGGCCACUGACCAGGUCCGAAAGCUUGGAUCUCGUAGCCGCACCAGUCGAGCCAUUCAGGUCUACGGCCACGUUGGCCAGCAGACGCAAGUCGUGGUCUUUUCACCAGGCUCUUCAGAUUCUGGCAAGAAGCAGGCAAUUAAGCCGAGAACAUUGACGUCAAUGAUCUUUGACACUGUGCGAUCCUUUGGAGAGAGUGCCAUUACAUCGGUAAUCAUGUGGAUCUUUGCCGCCAUCAAGACCAUCUUCGGGGUCAUUACGGGCCAUCGUCUUUUGGUUGUACUGCUCGUAGUGAGCGGUCUGCUUAACCUGCUUCUUGGUUCUACAGAAACAUCGACAUGGUGGAAGGAACGGCGUGCGGCCAAGUUUAUGCGCAAGAUUGGUGUUGGUCCAAACGCAAUGAUGAGCAAGGCGCUUUACAUUUCCGACUUGGACACUGCGUAUGGAACAGACGGCAGCUCCGUGCUGAUGCAACGCAACAGUACAUGCUUCAAGUCGUUCAAGGAUAUAUUCGCCGCGACCGAUAUGGAUGCGCCCUGGGAAGACGCCGGUGCAGCACUGACGUUACCUACAAGCCGGGCAACAGCGCAACGUCUAAGACACACUCGUCAACGACUUGGAGCGUACAGACACGACCUGGUGGUGGCGAUGCGCAUUGUCAACAGUAUGGACCGCGAGAUGAUGCAAUCCGAGUGGAAGAACUGGGUCAUGAAUGAGAAUGCUCACUGUGAUAACCUCAAGGCAGCUCUAUCAUCGUCGGCACCAGUCAAGCGACGAGGAGUAGAGUGGGAGGCGCAGAAGAUUCUUAAUGCUAUGCCUGCUGACCGCAAGAAGGCGGUCGAAGACUGGCAUAACGAGUACUGCCAAAGCUGCAGUGAAGACUUUUCAGAAGUUGUAUUGGGCAACAAGGGCAGCGUUUAAUGGGGAUGGAUGUAUAGCUGGUUGCAAACAACAAACUUGUAUUCCCACUUUUAUAGAAAAUGAUGAUACCUUUCGAUUAACGGAAAGACGUAUACCUUCUCUGAUAAAUGGGAGUAAUUGUUACUAUUUGGUUUAAUAACAAGUUUUGCUCAACAAUUUCAGUUUUAUAAUUGC